CUUCAAGACCUUUCUUCAUAGCAAACCUAAAUUUUCAUUUCAGCCUUUUCGUUUUCCCGAGUAAAUCAGCGAGAGAGAGAGAAAUUUCACGAUGGCACCAAAGGCAGGAAAGAAACCAGCAGAGAAGAAACCCGCCGCCGCCGCAGAGAAACCAACGGAGGAGGAGAAGGUAGCCGAGAAAGCUCCGGCGGAGAAGAAGCCCAAGGCCGGGAAAAAGCUACCGAAAGAAGCCGGCGGCGCAACGGACAAGAAGAAGAAGCGGACGAAGAAAAGCACAGAGACUUACAAGAUCUACAUCUUCAAGGUGCUGAAGCAAGUCCACCCAGAUAUCGGGAUCUCGAGCAAAGCCAUGGGGAUCAUGAACAGCUUCAUCAACGAUAUCUUCGAGAAGCUUGCUCAGGAAGCGUCUAAACUCGCGAGGUACAAUAAGAAACCGACGAUCACUUCCCGCGAGAUCCAGACUGCUGUUAGGCUUGUUCUUCCUGGUGAGCUUGCUAAGCACGCCGUCUCUGAAGGAACUAAGGCUGUGACUAAGUUUACUAGCUCUUGAAUCGAGAUUUCGUUUUUAGGGUUUAUGAAAUUUCUGGUUUUUUUUAGUACUUAGAUCUGUGCUUUUGUUUUUCUGUUAUGGGUGGGUUUAGUUUGGAAUCUGAUGGAUUGAUGGUUUUUCUAGCUUUUAUGAUUUGGUUUGUAAUUGUCGAAGAAUAUAUGGUAUUAAAAUCGUCUCUUUUGAAGUAGAUUCUGAAAACUUUAUUUCAAUAUUUUGUUUA